AGCAGGGCCACCAUCUGUCCUCACACCCAAUUUCAGCAUCCAGGGCCCGGCUAUCUCCUAAACAAACAUGGAAAUGAUGAACCUAGCAAGCUCCCCCAGGGACCUGGGAAAGUUCCACUUGAAUGUGCCUCUGGACUUCUACCCCUUUCCCAACCACAGAUGGGCCAUGAUACUGAUCCUGACCUUUCUCUGAGACCCCAGUGAGGAUUUUGGGUACCAGAGGUGACACUGUGUCCAAAGCAAAGGCAGGUCAAAGUUUGGGUCAAGUGCUCAUUCCCUGAUCGUGCUGGAUUCCCAAAUACUUCUCCCAGGAACCCUCAUCACAGCCAGGGGUCCUCCCUUGCCCCAACACCCUCAAACUGACUCCCUGGAAUCUCAUCCUCAAACCCAGAUAUUGGGUUCUUCACUCUGGAGACCUCAAAACCUACAUGUUGGGGUCUGUUCUCACUCUGAGAUCCCAAAUCCAAAGCUCAGGGGGCUCCCCAUGCAAAUAUUAUAAACUCUUCAGUUCUGGAAUCUGUCUCACCAAGUCUGCAGUCCUGGGGUGGACUCCCUUGAGGGGUGACACAUUCUGUCUUGGGGCCCUCCCCCUGUUAAUCUCCUUGGGGUUCCCUCCUCCUGCCUUGCUGGCUGUGUCUCAAGUUCUGUGGUGAGCCCAGGAGGGUGUAGCUGGAGGUGAAAUGACACAAUUACAUAAUUAGAAUCAAAGUCCGCCCUUCUUGCUCAAGUGGUAUAAAGGCAAACCAUCCCAGCAAUCUAACUGUCACCCCCACUGCCAUCAUGCUGGCCUCAGGGCUCCUUCUUGUGGCUUUGCUCACCUGCCUGACAGUAAUGGUCUUGAUGAUGUCUGCCUGGAGGCAGAGGAAGCUCUGGGGGAAGCUCCCUCCAGGACCCACCCCAUUGCCCUUCAUCGGGAAUUACCUGCAGCUGAACACACAGCAAAUGUACAACUCUCUCAUGAAGAUCAGCGAGCGCUAUGGCCCCGUGUUCACGGUCCACCUGGGGCCGCGGCGCAUUGUGGUGCUGUGUGGACACGAGGCCGUGAAGGAGGCGCUGGUGGACCAGGCUGAGGAAUUCAGUGGGCGAGGAGAGCAGGCCACCUUCGACUGGCUCUUCAAAGGCUAUGGUGUGGCGUUCAGCAAUGGCGAGCGAGCCAAGCAGCUCCGGCGCUUCUCCAUCACCACGCUGCGGGACUUUGGUGUGGGCAAGCGCGGCAUCGAGGAGCGCAUCCAGGAGGAAGUGGGCUUCCUCAUCGAGGCCCUCCGGGGCACGCGUGGUGCCUUCAUUGAUCCCACCUUCUUCCUGAGCCGGACAGUGUCCAAUGUCAUCAGCUCCAUUGUCUUUGGGGACCGCUUUGACUAUGAGAACAAAGAGUUCCUGUCACUGCUGCGUAUGAUGCUGGGAAGCUUCCAGUUCACAGCUACGUCUAUGGGUCAGCUCUAUGAGAUGUUUUAUUCAGUGAUGAAAUACCUGCCAGGACCACAGCAACAGGCAUUUAAGGAUCUGAAAGGUCUGGAGGACUUCAUAGCCAAGAAGGUGGAGCAGAACCAACGCACGCUAGAUCCCAACUCCCCACGGGACUUCAUCGACUCCUUCCUCAUCCGCAUGCAGGAGGAGCAGAACAACCCCAACACAGAGUUCUACUUGAAGAACCUGGUGCUGACCACACUGAACCUCUUCUUUGCGGGCACUGAGACAGUCAGCACGACCCUGCGGUAUGGCUUCCUGCUGCUCAUGAAGCACCCAGAUGUGGAGGCCAAAAUCCACGAGGAGAUUGACCAGGUGAUUGGCAAGAACCGGCAGCCCAAGUUUGAGGACAGGGCCAAGAUGCCCUACACAGAGGCGGUGAUCCAUGAGAUCCAAAGAUUUGGAGACAUGAUCCCCAUGGGAUUGGCCCGCAGAGUCACCAAGGACACCAAGUUUCGGGAGUUCUUCCUCCCCAAGGGCACUGAAGUGUUCCCUAUGCUGGGCUCUGUGCUGAGAGACCCCAAGUUCUUUUCCCACCCCCGAGACUUCCACCCCCAGCACUUCCUGGAUGAGAAGGGCCAGUUUAAGAAGAGUGAUGCUUUUGUGCCCUUCUCCAUCGGAAAGCGGUACUGUUUCGGAGAAGGUCUGGCUAGAAUGGAGCUCUUUCUCUUCCUCACCACCAUCUUGCAGAACUUCUGCCUCAAGUCCCCUCAGCUGCCCCAAGACAUUGACGUGUCCCCCAAAGUUGUGGGCUUUGCCACUAUCCCACGAAAUUACACCAUGAGCUUCCAGCCCCGCUGAGCAAGGGCUGUGCUGGGGGGCGCGGGGAGGGCUGCGGGAGGAGUGGGAGGGGCAGAGGCGG